CACCAGGAGCAUCAGCAAUGGACAGGCGUCUCCUGGAAGCAGCCGUAACUGGAGACACAAUAGCAAUGCAGCACCUGGUUGAACAUGUCACAGGCGUGUUGUAUGGAUCAACUCCGCCGGGGAACAACUGCCUCCACAUCUCCGCCAUCCAUGGCCAAGAGGGAUUCUGCAAGGCUGUCCUAGCGCUGAACAAAGAAUCUCUGCCACUACUACUCACCGCUGUCAAUGCCAGUGGCGAGACGCCGCUGCUCACCGCCGUGACAAGCGGACAUGUUUCUGUAGCUUCUGUUUUGCUCAGCUACUGCCGCGAUCAGAAGCUGAGCAGGGCGAUCUUGAAGCAAGACAAGCAUGGAUUCAAUGCGCUGCACCACGCCAUCCGUAGCAGCCACAAGAGCCUGGCGCUGGAGCUGAUAGCAGCGGAGCCCGCCCUAUCGCAUGCUGUGAACAAAUACCAGGAGUCAGCCAUGUUCAUGGCGGUGAUGAGACAAAAUUACGAGGAUGUGGUCGAUAAACUUUUGAAGAUUCCUGAUUCUGCCCAUGAGGGAUCCGAUGGCUCAAAUGCUCUGCAUGCUGCUGUGAGAAACGGCAAUUCAGUUCUUGCUCAAAAGAUUGUGGAGACACGUCCAUGGCUGGCCAGAGAAAAAGAAAAAUCUAUUCCCAACACUCCAUUGCAUGUGGCUGUCCUCUUUAACAAGAUUGACGUGCUAAGAGUAUUAUUGGAACACGAUCGGUCUUUGGGGUAUGCCCUCGGCUCAAACCGUGGUGAUACCCCUCUUCUUGUUUGUGCUGCACACCGAGGACAUGUUGGCGUUGCUAGAGAGCUUCUUAAACAUUGUCCAGAUGCUCCCUAUUGUGAUACAAGUGGCUGGACUUGCCUGCAUGAAGCUGUGUCAACCGUACAAAGGGAGUUCGUACAAUUUGUCCUGGGCUCGCCACAACUACGCAGACUCAUUAACAUGCGAGAUGGAGAUGGAGAAACUCCACUACAUCUCGCAGUCCAAAAGUGCGAUCCGAAGAUGGUCGCUGCUUUAUUGCAACACCAUGACAUAGACGUCACAGUGACUGACAAUGAUGGAGACAAUGCAACCUGGCAAUUAUCAGGUGCCACAAAGCAUGCCAAGACUUUAUACUGGAACGAAGUGUCCAUGCUUUUGUUGAAAGCAGAUCCUCGAGAUGAAACUUGUAUUUAUAAUCUCCACAAGGAAGCCAAGGAGAAAGUGACAAACUUAAUGAGGAAGGAUAUCAAGUCACUGAAUGAAACAUAUACAGGCAACACUUCCCUGGUGGCAAUCCUCAUCGCAACAAUUACUUUUGCUGCUGCAUUCACUUUACCUGGAGGAUACAGCACUGAUGCUGGAAACGAGGGGUUUCCCAUCAUGGCAAAGAAGGUCGCUUUCCAAGCAUUCUUGAUCUCCGACACCUUAGCAAUGUGCUCUUCACUUGCGGUUGCUUUCAUAUGCAUCAUAGCCAAGUGGGAGGAUCUUGAGUUCUUGAUUUACUACAGAUCAUUUACAAAGAAGCUUAUGUGGUUUGCGUACAUGGCGACCACCACGGCAUUCGCAACUGGUUUAUACACAGUUCUGGCCCAUCAUCUCCAGUGGUUGGCUGUUGCGGUUUGCGUACUGACGGGUUUAUUGCCCAUUGUUACUAAGCUGCUAGGUGAAUGGCCCAUCUUGAAACUAAGAUUUCGGCUGGGUCGGACAUUCAAGUCUGAGCUCCUUGAUAUGGUCUAAUUUCUUGGGCUCACAUUAUUGGUGCCAACUAGUUUCUUAUUAUUUGAUGAAAGAAACAAGUUUAGCAUGAGC